AUGAUAGAAACUGAUGAAAUCACAGGUCAUGACCUUGGCACGCUUAAGCAAAAUAAGGAAAAACAUUUGCUUAUUGGCCUUCUUGAUUACACCAGGAAUGUGACAAUUCCAUUGAAGGGUGCUAGGUAUAGUUAUGCCUAAUACUUUUGUGUGGUUCACAAGUUCAAGUUCCUUUGAGUUGACAGUAAACGCAUCAAACUAGUAGGUAGGUCUUUUGAAGUCGAUCAACAGUUCCUUACACAUAUCUGAAAAGCAAGCAGUUAAUUCUUUGCAACAAGAACCAUGAUUGGUGACCAGGGUGUCCAGUUCCUAUUUUUUCCGAUUUUUUGAACAUGUUCCUAUUUUCUCCUAUUUUUCUUAUUUUUUAGCUGGUGAAGCCAAAAUUUGUAUCAAAAUUGAACAUGGAAUUUUUAGUUGUAUGUAUUUUAAAGUGAGAAUUAUCGUAAAGCAAGUAAUAUGUCGACUUUGAUGUUCUCAUAUCAGCAAAGAUAACAGUUACAUUUGUUCUUUCUACAUCCUCUAUUGCCCAUUAGAGUUCUGUUGACAACUUUGUUAUAUUGUCACUUUUUCUAUAAUUUUUUAGUGCCCCUAUAUGUAUUGUACAUGUAUGUAGCGUUGUAGCUCUUAUGACUAUUGAAUAAUGUUGUGCAUAGCCCACUGAAACUGCAUUUCACAUGAUAUAUUUUAUUUUGAAGUCUUGCUCGCUUUUAUGUUCAUCUUUGAAAGUGAAAACAGGAUCAGGUUGUCCUCUCACAUUACAUAGGUCAGAUAAGUCAUCCUAUCAGCUUCUUGUUUAAAAAACCAAUCACUACAUACCUGGCUGGAUUCUGGAUGCUACAUGAAAAGAACAGACUCAAGUUUAGUUUAUGCCACCAGCUCUCUUGGUGAGGCCUUGUUGACAGCUCUACCUAAGCAACUGACGAAGGAUCCAAUAUUUUGUUUGCAGAACCGGUCUUGCAGUCAUAGCUAAGCAGAGUGUUUUGUUCCUCUUAGAACUUAACCAUGACACACUUACAAUCUGGUACCAAAUAGACAAGGGCACCCAAAGACUGUUUUCUGUAAAAUAUCUGUUCGGAGAAGUAAAUAUUGCCUAGAAUUGUCUAUUACUUGAGGACGGCUAAAAAUUUCUAUAUGACCGUUCCAUUCAUGUACAAUUUUCAAAGCUUAUAUUAUAAAUUCGCUACUACUUCCUGAAGUUUAAUUUUCAUAUUUUACUUCCCAAGUUUUGUAAACCUAAAAUUUUCAGAUUUCAAAAUGUCAUGAUGGCAAGAAGAAUAAGAAAAUGCCUCACUUUUGUAAUAUGUCAAAUUGUAUCUUGUAAAAUUUUUGGAAAAAUAAUACUGAAGCCCUUGUAAUUUUUUUAUUCUGAAAAGACUCAAGUUCCGCUAGGAUGACCGAAUAGAUACAAAUUUUAUAGCACCGCUUAGAACGCCUUAAGAAUGUCUAAAGAUCUUAAAGUACUCUGGAUAGCCUUAAUGUUUUCAAGCUAUUUAGGAGGAAACCAUCGUCGGGUGCCCCCGAACAGGUCACUAGAGAGUGGGAGCUUAUUUGAGGAGGGGGUACUUAAUAGAGGAUUUUCGGAUGUGAUUGGCAGAUGCAAAAACAAAACUUGUAAGCUGUCUUUUAAAUCCCGGAAUUUGCAUGUUAUUGAAAAGUAUAGUUGUCUGGAUAGAGUUAGCUGGAUUAAAUGGUUGAAGAAAGUUGAAUAAUAAUGUGUUUAUGUUAUGUUGAAAGGGUGCAAAGGAAGCUACACUUUAUGCCUUUUAAGUGUAAACAGUGUGGCAAGUGUUUUAGCAGAGCAGGAACUCUAAGGAAGCAUAAACGAGUUCACACUGGGGAAAAGCCUUAGGUGAAUGUAAACACUGAAAACUCAUCAAAGGCAAUUGUUAAAUGUAAACACUGUGGCAAUUGUUUUAGCCAAGCAGGAGUCCUAAAGCGUCAUGAAAGAGUUCACGCUGGGGAAAAGCCUUAUGAAUGUAAACGAUGUGGCAAGUGUUUUAGCCAAGGAGGAAACCUGAGGCGUCAUGAAAGAGUUCACACUGGGGAAAAGCCCUAUGAAUGUAAACAGUGUAGCAAGUGUUUUAUGGAAGCAGGAAAACUAAGGAGUCAUGAAAGAGUUCACACUGGGGAAAAGCCAUAUGAAUGUAAACAGUGUGGCAAGUGUUUUAGCUGGUCAGGAAACCUGACAAAACAUGAAAGAGUUCACACUGGGGAAAAGCCUUAUGAAUGUCAACAGUGUAGCAAGUGUUUUAGCGAAGCAGGAAAACUAAGGAUUCAUGAAAGAGUUCACACUGGGGAAAAGCCUUAUGAAUGUCAACAGUGUGGCAAGUGUUUUAGUGUAGCAGGAAAGCUAAAGGUUCAUGAAAGAGUUCACACCGGGGAAAAGCCGUAUGAGUGUAGACAGUGUGUCAGGUUUUUUAGCAAUGCAGGAAACUUGAAAACUCAUCAAAGAGUUCACACUGGGGAAAAACCUUAUAAAUGUAAAACCUGUGGCAAAUGUUUUAGCCAUGGACACACCCUAAAGUAUCAUGAAAGAGUUCACACUGGGGAAAAGCCGCAUGAAUGUAAACAAUGUGGCAAGUGUUUUAACCAGGCAAACAACCUGAGGAGGCAUGAAAGAGUUCACACUGGGGAGAAGUGUAACCUUAAGAGAGGAGGAAGUGAUAUAAGGUCAGGAUUUACAAACGACACACUGUCACAGAUAGAGACUGGAAACAGUGGUAUGGAAGUCAAGCAAUCAGUCAUCACUAAGAAACACAGCUGUUGGGUUUGUCAAGAGGAGAUGGGUAGUGAAGCUCUUCUUCUUCAACAUUACGAAAAUCAUAUGAGCCAUGUAGCUAAAGAUGGCUCGUAAAGAUGACAAACGCUUCGGUCUUUAGGUUUUUUCAAGUUUCGAUUCGGUUUAUAAGGUUUUGCUUUUUAAGUGUAAGGGUCAUAUCAUUAGGUUUACCUUCGAUAAAUCGGUUGAAUUGAAAUGUUCGAAAUAGGAUUAUGAAAAGACAUUACUAAGAAGAGAUUUCACUCUUUACUAAAAGUUGGACAAAGCAGUUUUUCCCACGUGCAAAGGGCUUAUUUUUUUCUGUUAAAACGUCGACUUUUAAGGUGGCUCGAUCCCAUUUAUACGCGUGUUGGUUAUGUUUUUGAAUCGCGUUUUUCCGCAGGAACGAUUUAACCGAUAUCUAUGACUUUUGGCAUCCUUAGAAAGUGUUAUUCUUUAUCUUCUCAGAAUAAACACGUUUGAGAUGUCGGUAUAUAUUUCAUGGGUAUAUUAUUUUUACAAAUUCUUAAUAGCCGAGCAAGAAUUCAGGGUUCACUGUCUACAAAAAGGCACACCUUGACUCGGCUGCCUCGUACCCAGACGUCUCUCUCUCGAUGAAAAUGUGCGCGCAAAGGAAGGCGGGAAGGAGACAACGGGCGAGACGUGCUUCGUCUGCCGUCUAUAACCUUCCCAUGAUCCCUUGCGGCUCAUCACCAGUCACUCGCGUUUCGCGCUCGCCUCUACCAUGCGAAAAACGAAGCGCCUGAGGAGGACGCUGGGCUUGCGGUGUUCCAGACUUUUGACUCAUAGCAUCGAGGCAGACCAGCUGAUUUGCUAUUCGCUGAAGGGCAUCUUUCUUUUCCGCAGUGGCUGGCAAGAGACGCCACUAGUUAGGGAGAGACUAUGGGAGACUGGAAACAACUCUUGUGGCUGGCCUGUUACGUCAGCCUUUGACAUAAAAUAAAUUUUGGCGGACAUUUUACGCUGUCCGCACAACGAGGACAAGAUUUCGCAACGAUGAUGUUUAAUCGCACGGAAAUUAUGACCAAUCAUGCUCGCCGUGACGACAUACGACCCAUCGCGUCUGAUACGAGUUCAAUAUCCUCAUAAGAUCGGACUACAAAAAUUUCGGAACAUCGGAUUAUAAAACGAGAAGGUUACUUGUAUAUAACGUCGAGCACUGAAUCUGAAAUUGCAAAGAUGGUUUUUAGUUUCUCAAGUUUAAUGUUGGUUGCACAACUUACAUGUUGUGUAUGUAACUAGAGUGCUGAGCGCUGAAUUUUCAGCUCAAUCAAACUAAUAUAAGAGAUUUGAAACAUGUCGAUGGUUAGCUUCACGAUGUGAGAAUCCACUUUACUCUCAUUCUUGUAAAAAGGUAAAAAAAUGAAAAUUUGUGGGUGGCAGUCUUUCGCAUUUCCGGUGUCUGGCAUGUUGAGUGAUGGAAUUUAAUUACAAGUGUCCGUUUAAUACAGGUUGGAAACAAUAGAAAUGACCAUUUCAGGUACUUUUUAGCUGUCCGCGUCCGCUGAAUAGAGGUGUCCGCUUAAUAAAGGUUUCAUUUAAAGUAAAUAAGGGAAAUAAUUUUGGGGACCUCGGCUACCGUCCGCUUAAUAGAGGGUGUUUCCGCUUAAUACGGUGUCCGCUUAAUACAGGUUUCACUGUAUAAGUCCCCCAAACCGGUAACGCAAAAAACCAUUCGUUAAAUCGCCCCUCCAAAUAUAAGCCCCCCAAGGGGCUUGCACUUGGAAAAUUGCCCUCAAAUACAAAGUAAGACAAAGCAAAAACGGUAAAUUUACUUCCAACUAUAAGAGGGUGUCAUUGGGGUUAGUAGUUAACUGAUAUUUGGCCUAAAAAACAGUAGUUAACGGAUAAUUGGACAAAAAGUUAGUAGUUAGCUGAGAAAUGAAAACUUGACAGCUGAGAUUCUAUUAAUUAUACUGAAUACGAUCGUUAAUGUUAAUGAAAGCAACAAAGUUUGCAAACAAAUGCUAUUUUCUGACUUUUUUUCUGUCCCAUUGAUGACCUGGUGACACAUUAACUGAUAUUAGUAUAUGCAAAAAGGCACCAGGGCGGUACCCGGCAUAGAGCUGGUUGUCGGAUACCGGUAACUCAACGACUAAUUUGUCUUCUAAUAUUAAGGAGAUUCCUGUGUUCGGAAAAGGAAAGACAGUACUGUUUUGACGGACCUAAAAGGUCGUCAAGUUAAACAUUGCUAACCAAAGAAAAAAACUGUGACUCUUAGCCGGCAUUGGAUCUGGAUGGCCCAAAAGAAGUUCUGAUGGCUCAAAGGAAUCAGCAUCUUUUUUGAAGUACAUGAAAUUUGUACUUAUACGAGAAACAAUGUUUGUAAAGGUAACAUUGAGGGACGCGAAAGUGGUGUCGACAAAGUCUGUAUCGAGUUGCAAAAAACUUCUGACAACGCAAGUGGAAAACCUAGACGCGAUUUCUCACUUCAAAACAAAACAUUUAGCGCUUUGAACUAGUCCCAAGACUUUGAAGACACAGCGAAAGAACCGCUUAAAAGAAGUAGGAAUUCGAAGUGGGUAACACUCACAAAAGUCGAAUUGUCCUGUGUUAAAUGCUUUCAUGCUUCUGUCAGCAGUCUCAACUGUCUGUCCCACCGGUGUAAACAGUGACAAGAGAAGAUGGGGGGACUGGAUAGGGAACUUUUGACUUGUUUGAAAACGAACUAUAAGAAGUGAAUCAACUCAAGAUAAAGCGGGAUCCUUACCACCAGCGUCACGGGACUAUGUCAUGCUAUUUGUUAUCUUUUUAAAAAGCUAAAACUUUUCUUUUGCAUCAAUUGAAUUCCAAAAAUAUUGGUCCAGUUUUGUUAUUUAAGACGACGUUUUGGCACUGAUAUUGUUUCCCGUCGUCUGUCUGUUGGAUUGCAAGGAUUGAAAAUGGAUUGAAACUUAGGCAACCACGGGAUACAGGACAUACAGCAACCAGUUAAGUGCGAGACUGAUUCAGAUAAUGAACUGAAAGUGACGAAGAAGGUGACUUUGAAAAAGUUUGUAGCAGGACAUACAUGGCCGAGUCGGGAAGAUCAGUACGAGAUCAUGACUGGCUCGUCUGGAUGUACGUUGAUGGUUAUACGACUUAAUCUAAUUUGUACUUACAGCAAAAAUCGGUUAAUAGGAGUCUUAAUAGCUAUCACUUACCGAUUUUUACUACUUCGGUAAGAUCAUUAUGUUCUUUUAAUUUCUAUAUUUUCAGUUACUUAUAAAAUAAUGUUACUAGUGGCCGAGUUUAUGUGAAUUCAUAUAAGUUUAAACUUUUUAGUAGGGCCUACCCCAAAAUUGAUUGACGUGCUGAAGUAAAGAAAAUACGGGUUAUGACAGAAUAAUAUUCGCUGUAGGAAAGUGAAAGUUGAUAGGUAACAUAAAUUAGUCGUGAACAGAGAAUAGGCCAAAAAAAAUUGUAGUUAACUAAUUUUUGGCCGAAAAAUUAGUAGUUAACUUAGAACUGGGUACCCCCAUUAGCACCCGCCUAUAAGGCUAGCCCAGUCGAUUUUGAAACCCAAAUUUCAUUCUGUAGAUAAGACCCUCCGAAUAUAAGCCCCUCUAAAAGGGUCUUUGAAAAAUAUAGGCCCCGGGGCUUAUUCUCUGAAUUUUACGGUAGCUGGUGAUUAGCUGAUCUGUUGACUCGAGUCGGAAAGGGAGUGGCCACGUCACCCAUGUAGAUCUUAUAAAACAUUCUGGCUUGAAGGAGAAGUCUACGAUCUUUUGGUGAGUCCCAUCCCAGGCAUUCCAACAUCGGAGAAACAUGGCUAAAACUCGAGUGCUCAUUAAGAACAAAUCGGGCUGACAAAUCAUGAUGACAAAAAUCCAAUGAUUCUGGCACUUUUUCUGCGCUGACCAAAGUCCCAACGUUUAAUCGUCGACCCUUUUCGAAGUGCAUGCUUACAUGGGGAAUGUAUGACGACAAAAAUCAAAACCACUCGCAAAAAUAACCUUUCAGUCAUCUUCAGUUUUCUCCUCUCGUCCCAUCGCUUCAUACGGCUCAAUCUGGUAAAAAUGCCCAUAAAGCCGGGUUAACUGCACACCGAAAGAAAACAAUUUUUUUUAACAAAACAUGUCUGACUAAGGGUCUCCUCUACCCCUUUGAAGUUACGUAAAAAUGUAGACGCUUUUCACGCCUCACGAAUAAUUCAUAAAAUUUCUCUACGAUCAUGUAAAAACUGAGUAAUUCUCUUUUCCCGGAAAGAAAUGAGGGAGUAUAACUCUCAUGCACGUUGUGCGUGCCUAAGAUUUUUACCAUUGUCCGAGCCAGUCUGAGUACUAGUUUCAAGGCAGGUACUUCAUGUACGAGAACAUUAAUACAAAACAUUGUUUGGACACAAACGAUCCACGAUCUCAAUCACUUGAUCUUUUGUGUUGCUCAACGUAACAGCGCGGAAAUCUUAUUAACAAAGGUAAGAAAAGCUUUUUAGUACAUGUUGUAUACAUAUUACAAGAAUAAAGUAAAGACAGGAUUGAUCGACACCGCAGAAAAGACGAGAUUUUAGCCCACAUAAAUGGCAACUUCCCUGGCGAGUGAUUUGUGCUGCUUUAUAAUUCAGGUAACUGCCUGUUGGCUAUUCGCACGAGACCCGUACACCGACUUGUGUUUGCUUUUCAUACAGCAUUCUGACUAUAUUGAUUAGGGUUAAGCGCUGAAAAUAGUAACAGAUUUAAUAAAGUUAAAAACUGACCAUGCUGAUUAGCUAGGGUUUAAUAAGCACUCACUCGAAACGGUUAGCUUCUUAGAUUAGGUUAGAGUUGUUGCUAUAUUGAAACCAGUGUUGAAUAAUAAAACUGAGCUAUUAUUUUUAGCAAUCAGUGGAUGUGAAAAAUUUUAGAGCUUUUGAAAAAAACUAAUAGCAUGCCAUAGUCCCUCGAGGGUGCUCGUCAGAAAAUGGUAAAUGACGCAUGACUUAAUUGUUCUCUCCAAGUGGACUGUAUGUAUUACAGCAGUUGCUAAAUACAACCAGGCGCACUGUUGUAUAAUUUUUGUGUCAGAUUAGAAAUAAAGAUGGAUAGAUAGUUUUAAUAAAUGCUGUGGCUAUAUGGCCGGUAACUGGUCAAGGUUUUCAAAACACUAAAUGGCCGGCAGUCCUAUAUUCUCAAUAAAUUUGACAAAUCAAAAAAAUUCAGCUAAUCUAAACUAUCAUAUGUCCAUUUUUAUUUAAGAAAAGUCAAGCGAUCCUGAAAUGCUUCAUAGAUCUCAAGUUUAGUGUUUGGUUUACAGUUUGUUUAGUGUUUGGUGAGCUCAGAAAACCAAACCGUGUUUUGUGACACUUAGAACUUUUUUCAGGUCGACUGCCGGUCAAGGUUUUCAUAACACUAAGUGACCAGCAGUCCUGUUUCAGUAAACUUCACAAAUUGAACAAAUCCAGCUGGACGAAACUAUCAUAUGUCGAGAUCCUGAUCAAACCAACCAGUUUUGUGGGAAAUUAAUCAUAAAACGCUGCAUCAAUAGGGAAAAAUUGGUAAAAUUUCCCACCAACGAAAAGAUCAUGAAAAUAGUCAUGAACAUCAAAACACUCACUCCCAACGAAAUCAUGAUAUAGAAAUCCCACGAUCAGCUGAUUCAGGGUCUGGACAUUAUAGGAUAGUAAUAGGUUAGCUGGAAUUUUUGAUUUGUGAAAUUUACAGAAAAGACAGGACUGCCAGUCAUUUAGAGUUUUGAAAACCUUGACCAGUUACUGCAGGGACCGCGGAGGGGGAGGGGCUGCUGGGAUUUAUUUCAUAGCACUCCAGUUGACAUGGAAAAAAUUUCCGUGGAAUUAUUAGACUUUACCCUAUGGAAGAGUGGGAUGUUUGCCUGUCAGAACGAUUACAACCCGAUGUGUGUGCAAGGAUAACAAGAUGUGAGGCUCAAAUGGAGUGAUUUGACUUUUUCUCUGCUUUGCAUCUUGGAGAGCACCUUUACUGCCACACCGAUAAUCUAUCUAAGGAUCUUCAGGGUACUAAGAUGGCUGCUGUCAGUGGACAACGCCUGGCAAAUCUAACAAAGGGGACGCUCACAAAAAUUCGCUUUGAUCAAAGCUUUGACCAUUUCUAUGCUGAUGUUGCCCGCAAGAGUGAAGGCCUGCUUGGCGAACCAACGCGUCCAAGAAAACAACACACUCCGGCCAGACUGAAGGUUGGUGCUGGUGCACCAAGCUAUCCCCAAACUGCUAAAGAUCACAUUGUACGAGCCUAUUAUGAGGCUAUUGAUCUUAUCAUCAGGGCUAUCUAUCAGCGUGUUAAUCAAGAAAGCUUCAGCUCUUAAGUACAGAUGGAGACCCUUUUGCUUAAAGCUGCUAUAGAUAAUGGUGACGACUAUGAGGCAGAGUUCAGUUUCUUGAAGCAUAAUACAAGGAAGAUGUUGCAAUACAGGGGCGCUACCUAGGCAACUAAGUACUAUGGAAGAAGGAGAAGAUAUCAUGUUUUGACGAAAUCCUGUUGGCGGUGUUAAAGUUUCCAGAACCAGAAAAGAAGCUAAUCCAGGAAGUCAGUUAAACUAUCUGUAAGCUGCUUGCUGUAAAUCCUAUUACUAGCGCUGCUGGCGAGGGUUCAUUCUCAUCUGUACGUACAGCGUCUGAAGACGUGGUGUCGAUCUGGUAUGGGUGAUGAGAGGUUUAGCAACCUAGUAGUAACGUUGAAUAGUUACAAGCUGAGAACAGACAGUGUCUCUAUAGCUGACGUCGCACAGGAGUUUGUUUCCAGCAAUGAGGACCGCAAGAGAAAUUUCAGCACUGCUGACAACUUCAAAGUAGCAAUUUUAGGAAGGUUUAUUCAACAUAUUGGCUAUACUGGAUACUAUAACACAUGACGACGUUUAUGUUAUAUUUGUUGAGGCUGUAAAUAAGAUGACGCGCAAAUGCUCGACUGCGAGCAGUCUCUCUUUUUCUUCAGAUUUCAAGGCGGUAAGUGGAGUGCACGCGCCUGUGAGCGUGUUUCGGGCGUUUUGCUUGACGGACCAAGAGAAAAGACAGACUGCUCGUAGUCUACGCAAAUGCAAGAUAAAUGGCGAAAAACUGAACUUAAUGUUUCUUUGUAUUGGCAAGAUUUUUUAGGCCUACCACUUUAAAAUGGUCUCCGCGGUCCCUGUACUGGCCAUAUAGCCACAACGUUUAAUUAUAAAUACUCACUUUCAAGCCUCCUAAGGAUGAAUUGCAUCAAUAUACAAAGAUGGUAUAAUAACUGGUAAUAACAAUAAUUGUUGUUACUAGUUAUUAUACCAUCUUUGUAUGUUGAUGCAAUUUAUAGUUACAAUAGACCUUUUUACCGAUGUGGCGGCCAUAUUGAAUUAAUUCGAUUUAAGGAGUAUUAUAGGAUGCUCAGGGGGCAUGAGCACAUUUCGUUUGUAUUUUCAAGCGCUUUUCGGGACAAUUUUUCUUAAAGUUUUCUUAGAAUAAGAUUGUAAUGGGGAAAGAGAUCCUUGGGCCGUGUUUGGAUGUAAUAAUGAUCGCCUUUUUCCCGAGAAAUAUACAGUGAAAGACCAUAUUUCUAAUACUUAACGAGAAAAAGGUGAUCAUUAUUACAUCCAAACAUGGCACAAGGAUCUUUUUUUCCCAUUGCAAUCUUGUUCUAAGAAAACAUUAAGGAAAAAUGUCCGAAAAGCUCAAAAAAUGUGCUCAUGUGGGAUCAUUAUUAAAUCAAAUUAAAACAUGGCACGAUCGGGAAAAAAGGUCUGUUAUUGUAACUAUAAAUAUGAUUAUAUUUAACUAAUAAGUCAUAAAACAGUUUUUAAAAUUACAGAUGGCCAUUUUUCAAAUUUAAACACCAGAAAGUUCUACCGGUAAGACAUAGAUUGGAUAAAAUUAAAAAUGCUUGGUGCACAUCUUAGGUUGAGUAAAUUCACACUGUUUGAAGGUAACAUUCUUUGGUGGUAGUAGAUGGUGCAGCUUAUGCAGAAUCAGAUACAUACUAAUUAUUCAAAUAGUUUGUUGUAUCAUUCAAGUCUAUCUGUAAGAGAACUCAUGUUGUACAAUGUGAGGUUGUCAACAUAUUUAUUUUGAGCACUCUUUGACAGUCGUUGCUUAAAUACACAGGCAAUGCAUGGUGGUAUAAAAAGGUGCACAGUACUCUAAUACUGGCGUGAUGCAGGUGUGAUAGAAACUUUUGAAAUCACAGGUCAGGAUCUUUAAGGAAAAUAAGGAAAAACUUAUUGGCCUUCUUGAUUACACCAGAAAUGUGACAAUUGCAUUGAAUGCUAGAAAGGCCCAAACAUUGUUGGUUCUUUGCAGUUGAAGAACAUAAAAGUAGUAGGUAGGUCUUUUGAAGUCAAUCAACAGUUCCUAUUUUUUCUGAGUUAAUUUUUGAAAGAAUAUUUUUCCUAUUUUUGAACAUAUUCCUAUUUUCUCCUAUUUUUCCUAUUUUUUAGCUGGUGAAGCCAAAAUUUGUAUCAAAACUGAAAAUGGAAUUUUUAGAGAAUUAUCAUAGAGCAAGUUAUAUGUUGACUUUGAUGUUCUAAUAUCAGCAAAGAUAAUAGUUACAUUUGUUCUUUCUACGUCCUCUAUUGCCCAUUAGUGUUCUGUUAACAACUUUGUUAUAUUGUUACUUUUUGCAUAAUUUUUUAGUACACCUAUAUGUAUUGUACAUGUAUGUAGCUCUCAUGACUAUUGAAUAAUAUUGUGCAUAGCCCACUGAAACUGCAUUUCAUAUGUUAUAUUUUAUUUUGAAGUCUUGCACGCUUUUAUGUUCAUCUUUCAAACUGAAAACAAGAUCAGGUUGUUCUCUCACAUUACAUAGGUCAGAUAGAUACAGAUUUUAUAGCACCGCUUAGAACGCCUUAAGAAUGUCUAAAGAUCUAAAAGUACUCUGGAUAGCCUUAAAAAGGGUUUUCAAGCCAUUUAGGAGGAAACCAUCGUCGGGUGCCCCCGAACAGGUCACUAGAGGGUGGGAGCUUAUUUGAGGAGGGGGUACUUAAUAGAGGAUUUACGGUAUGAUUGGCAGCUGUGAAAACCAAACUUGUAAGCUGUCUUUUAAAUCCCGGAGUUUGCAUGUUAUUGAAAAGUAGAGUUAGCUGGAUUAAAUGGUUUAAGAAAGUUGAAUAAUAAUGUGUUUAUGUUAUGUUGAAAGGGUGCAAAGGAAGCUACACUCCAUGCCUUUUAAGUGUAAACAGUGUGGCAAGUGUUUUAGCAGAGCAGGAACUCUAAGGAAGCAUAAACGAGUUCACACUGGGGAAAAGCCAUAUGAAUGUAAACAGUGUGGCAGGUGUUUUAGCGAAGCAGGAAGCUUGAAACGUCAUCAAAGAGUUCACACUGGGAAAAAGCCUUAUGAAUGUCAACAGUGUGGCAAGUGUUUUAGCGAAGCAGGAAAACUAAGGAUUCAUGAAAGAGUUCACACUGGGGAAAAGCCUUAUGAAUGUCAACAGUGUGGCAAGUGUUUUAGUGUAGCAGGAAACCUAAAGGCUCAUGAAAGAGUUCACACUGGGGAAAAGCCAUAUGAAUGUAGACAGUGUGACAGGUGUUUUAGCGACCCAAGAAACUUGAAAACUCAUCAAAGAGUUCACACUGGGGAAAAACCCUAUAAAUGUAAAACCUGUGGUAAAUGUUUUAGCCAUGGACACACCCUAAGGCAUCAUGAAAGAGUUCACACUGGGGAAAGACCG